AUGCCCAAGAAAAUCAAAACCCCUCCUCCAGGCGACGACGAGCCCAAGUAUCUCGCGGUAUACCAGCCAUAUCCUCUCACCGCGCAUUUCGACCUUCCGGCCGACUGCCACCAAUUCGCCUCAUGGUUCGCGUGUUGCGUUGGAGUGGAUGACUUGCUGAAGUUUCUGGCGUUUUUCUACAAGCCCAAGGCGAAAGGCAUUAUCUUAGUCGAGAUGGAUCGUUCCUACAAACACUUCGAAAGAUUGUUGGGUGAGCAUACAUGGGCCAAAUUCCUGAAGAACCCUACCAGCGAGGAGAAGCCGCGCAUGACCAGGGUCUACUAUAGCACAUAUUCCAGCGGGCGAGAGGCUCAGAAAGAUGGCUGGAAGAGAAUCAACGUCGAGGACGACUGGUUCAAAUCCUGGUCGCCUAGGAACCCGAUCGUGCAUUUCCCGUACCCCCAAACUUCGUGGUGCCAGGUUCCGCCUGAGGACAAAACGAACAAACCGAUCUGUCGUCCUCUUCCCACUGCAGUUGUCCCUGCGCCUGCAAAACCUGCACCUCCAGUUGUCGGCUCAGCCAGCUGGGUCGCAUCCCAGACAGGUCCAAAUCCCGCGUCCGCCCAAGCACUUCGCGGCGCGUGGGGUCGUGGGCGAGGCCGAGGCCAAGGUAGGGGAGGCCCCAGUGUCUCGAUACCUCGUAGUGAACAGCCCAUCAUCACGAACACCACAUCUGCGAGAUCACCUUCUACUAAAUCUCCUACGAAUGCAUGGCCGACCUCGAGAGCCAUGGCCAUCCCUUUGAGCGUGGCAUCUAGUGUCAGCUCCACUAUGUCCUCGCCUCCAGGAUUAAGCCCGCUCACGCCCACGUCCUCCAAUGGUGCAAACCCUCGAAUUGCAUCGAGGACCAGCGCAUCUGGAGCCUCCCAAGACCCCCUCGACCGCGUCCAAAAGGGCCUAGACGCAUUUUCCUUGGGCGACCGUUCCCCCGCCGACAUCUACGAAAUCGCUGACGAAGAGCACGUCGAUCCCGAGUUCGUCUACGCCUCUGCCUGGAAUCGCCCCCUUUCGUACGCCGACAGCGAGUCGACGUUUGGCAACGAGUCGGUCGCUGAGUCGUACCCGGAAUCCCAAGUCACGGAAAAUCUGUGGGGAGACGACGAUAUCGGGGAGAAGAAGGCGGUCGAGCCUGCUAUGCUGUGCAAAACCCACGGGUUGAUAUGCAAGAAAGGGAUAUGCAGGGACUAUGCCAGGCAACUUAGGGAACAUAAUAAGGCACAAGGCAUCGUCAGUGGCACUCCCUCUAAUGAUGGCGAUAGAAAGAAGCGCGGAGGAAGAGGUGGCGGGUGGAGAUCUAAUACAGAUCAGACUACCUCCGACGGUUUCUCUGUCGUCAGCCGCGGCGGUCGAGGCAAGGGCGCACCUGCGCAGAAUGGGAAUGCCGCGUGGCGAGAUAACGGCAACGACGAGGGUGCUAACACCAAGAACGUGUCUGUUGGCCCCGUCGUCGUUUCUCCUGAUGCUGUGAACUACGAUGCGGAGGACGACGAUGAUAAUUGGUAA